CGCCGAUAGCCAGAACAACCAAGAUGGCCACGGCGACGAAAGAGGUGAUGAAUCCUCCCCUGAAGAAAUACGGUUCCGUCGUCCUCACGCUCGAAAAUGUCCUCCUGCCUCCGGAGAAGCUGUCGCCGAGUCCUUCCCAGCUGGACGGCCUCGACUCCGAGAUCGAAAUGGACCUGAGGAUACUAGGAUGCGAGCUUAUUCAAACGGGAGGGAUCCUGCUGAAGUUACCUCAGGUGGCCAUGGCUGCAGGUCAGGUGCUGUUCCAAAGAUUUUAUUAUGCCAAGUCCAUGGUGCGGUACCCAAUGGAAACGACUGCCAUGGCCUGCAUUGCCCUGGCAUCCAAGAUUGAAGAAGCCCCGCGUAAGAUCAGGGAUGUCAUCAAUGUUUUCAACCACGUCAGACAAGUGAAGAACGGAAAGACCAUCCAGCCAGUGAUCCUUGACAGUAACUAUAUUGCACUGAAGAACCAGGUGAUCAAAGCAGAGCGUCGCUUACUGAAAGAACUGGGAUUCUGCUGCCAUGUCAAGCAUCCUCACAAGAUCAUUAUCAUGUACCUGCGUCUGCUGGAGGCGGAUAACAACCGCCAGCUGGCCCAAACGUCAUGGAAUUACAUGAACGAUGCGCUGCGGACAGAUGUUUUUGUGCGUUACUGCCCUGAGACCAUAGCUUGUGCCUGCAUAUGGUUGGCUGCGCGGUUAUUAAAGGUGCCUCUCCCGGAACACCCUCCCUGGUACCUGGUUCUGCAAGCUACACAAGAGAGUAUUGAAGACAUUGCUGCUUCUAUACUUAAGUUGUACACCAGAAAGAAGGUCAAACUAGAGGCCCUUGAACAGAAGGUAGAAGAGAUCAGAAGAGAGCAGCAGGAAGCUCGCCUAAGAAGCAAAGCAGUUGCUUCCUUAACUACUCCUCAGGCCAAUGCUACAUUUAGCCCAGCAUCUAGAAAUAACACGCCCAACAAGACAGUCACGUCACCUACAAGAAAACGUUCUUCCUCACCUGACAGAAACUCCGGCAGAAAGCGAAGUGGAAGCAGCGCAAGCCGAUCGAGAAGUCGCAGCCGCAGCCACUCCCGCUCAUCCCACCGGCGUUCGAGGAAGAAACAGCGCCGCGACUCCCGAUCUUCACGCUCCCACUCCAGGUCCAGGUCCAGGUCGAGAACCAGGUCACGCUCCCACUCCCGCGACAGACACAGAGGCAGCAAGAAGUACUCGAGAACCCCCUCACCCAACGUCACACCACCACCUCGCUUCACAAAGAACAAAGACAAAGGACCUAUUGUGAGAUCUAGGUCAAGGUCACACACACGGUCCCCACAAAGGAACUACGAGAAGUACGACAGAUUUGAGAAGUAUGACAAGGUGGAGAGAUAUUCCUCAAAGAGUGACAGGUAUGAGAAGAAUGACAGAUACGUCAGAGACGAGAAGGUGAGUAAGUACGAGGCCAAGGAGAAGAGUGACAAAUACUCAAGCAAGUACAGCAGCAAGUUUGACCGAUAUGAAGUUGACAAGAAAAAGUACGAUAGGGACGAAAACAAAAAAUAUUACGACAAUGGCUUCGGCAAGCCUCACAAAGCCAAAAAGAAUGGGCGUCACAGAUCGCGAUCGCGGGACAGACGACGAUAGCCAUACCUCACGCGUUUGAUGCUGCGGCUCGUGUAGGUGCACGCUCCAACCCAGGGACAUUAUAAGAAAUACCUUUAAGUUUUCACAAACCGUUCAUUUUAUUUGCAUAAUUGAAAAGUCCAAGCAUGAGUGUAGAGGUUUGUGUUUUGUGUGUUUGUACAUCCAGGCAUUUGAUUUAGCAAUCAUAAAUGAUAUAUUUUUUAUUUCUUUUAUUUUAUAUAUACAGUGGAAUAAGAUACUGAUACAAACAACCCAAAAAAAUAAAAUAAAUAAAUAAAAAUGAAAAUACUUUAUGAAAAAUAAAAGACAAGACAAAAAUGCAUGUACACUGACUCAGCAAGAAUUAUGCUACUAAGUACCCAUUGGCAUCAUCUCGAUUUUCUACACAUAUCUUAAGAUUUUUUUGUCUUUUCUUUUUUUCCUCCUUUUUCUCUCUCUUUUUCCACCUUAGCUUGUACACCCAUUGUGGGGGGAAAUUUUUCAUUCUUGAUGUGUGUACCAGUGAAGCAGGAUAGAAAAAAAAAUGGGAAAAAAAAACAUAUAAAAAAAAAAUCAGUAUGUGUGUACAGUCUGUUAUUAGGAUGUAGAUGAGAUUAUAUGACUGAGUGUAUGAAUAACACAAAUAAUUAUAUUUAAAGUAUUUUCUAUGACUUCUCAAUAUGAUUUUAAGUUUGGAUAUUCAGCUGUGAUGUGUAUAUACUAUUGAAAACUUUGUCAAGUAACUACAUUUAUUUCCCCCGAGGAACAUAAUUCAUAUGUAUAUUCACAUUUUAUGUAGUAGAAAAAA